GUUUUUUUAUUUCAAAAAUUGUAGAUUAAAUCGGACACCUCUAAUUCGCUUGCACUGAAGUUUGACAUUGACAUUUUUGACGUACGAAUCCUCCAUUUUCUUUUCAAUAAACCUUUUUUACUGGAUUUAUACGAAAGUAAGUAAGGUAUUUAUUCACAAACAUGACGAAUUCCAAAGGUUACCGUCGAGGAACGAGGGACCUGUUCGCCAGGAGGUUCAAAAAGCACGGAGUAAUACCCCUUUCGACGUAUUUGAAGGUAUACAAAGUAGGCGACAUCGUCGACAUUAAAGGCAACGGUGCCGUCCAAAAGGGCAUGCCCCACAAAGUGUACCACGGCAAAACCGGCAGGGUUUUCAACGUCACCGCACACGCUUUGGGAGUAAUCGUAAACAAGAGGGUACGCGGAAGGAUAAUCCCCAAGAGGAUAAACAUCCGCAUCGAGCACGUCAAUCACUCGAAGUGCAGGGAGGACUUCCUCCAGCGAGUCAAAUCGAACGAGUUGCUGCGUAAGAAGGCUAAAGAAGAAAACGUAAGAGUGGAAUUGAAGAGGCUCCCCGCCCAGCCCAGGCAGGCGCACAUCGUGAGCGGAAAGGCCGGCGCUCAACUUUUAGCACCUAUCCCGUACGAAUUUAUCGCUUAAAUUUGUUAGUUUUUGAAAUGAAUGAUUAAAGUAAGGAUAAAAGGUGUUUCGUGUUUUUUUAAUAGUGCGAAGAGUCGAAAUGAAAUAUCUUUUCUUAAAAAAAAAACGCUUUAAUUCUUAACCUGUAGAU